AAGGAAUGAUGGCCAUCAACUCUGUACAAUGGGAUAAUGAAACUGUCAAGAAAGCAGAGAAAGCUUGCAAGGAAGCACCUCAGAUUGUUAGCAUAAAAACCAUUGAUGAGGUGAUAGCAAAUGAAACUGGUUUCAUUCGUGAUAUUGAAGUUCCUGAACCACCACCCUGCAAGUUGAGUCCAAGAGACAUGACUACAAUACCUCCACCACAAGAGCACACCGAGUACAAAGCAACUCCAGAUGUAGCUUCCAAAGCUGUUAGCACCUCUUAGCCUGCUGUUCAUAGGUUUGGGGUUUGUUUGGCUCCUCAU